ACUUGUCGCAUUAUGAACUUUUUUUGUCUUUAAAAUUUAAUAAAGAUAUAUAUAAAAAAAAAUGACGUCACCAUUAUACGUCAAAUGUGAAUUGACAAUUGACUUUUUCUAAAUUUAUUUUGCAACAAAAAAAGGAUUUCUAAUUAAAAGUACAGCGUGCAAAAUGUCGUUUUUAACGGAAUAUUUCGACGAGUAUCGACAGCAUCCUAUUAGGAAAACUAAAAUGUGCCGGCCAGAAAACCGAUGGGCAAAGCUGGAAGGAAAAUGGCUGGACCCAAAAAUUGGAACGCAAGACAAAGCUUGGACGGAUGAAGAGAUUGAACAGUUCAUAAAGAGUACAAUGAAGAGUUUACGCGGACAGUCAACAUAUUAUAAUGACUUCUGUGCACACCUGUCACAAGAUUUCAAGACUAGACCCUUUAAACCUCGAGAGAAGAAACGCCAACCAUGCGUGUCUAAAGGCGAGAAGGUAGUUAAAGAAGAUUUUGCUCCUGUAACCGAAGCCCCGAAGUUGGCCAUCAAGGAUACGGAGUUAAUGAAGAUGGCUCGGGACAUUUAUGAACGGGACUUGAACAAACCGACGCUGGAACCCUUGCCAACGCACAUGAGAAUUCUUGGCUACGUACGACCUUGCCUCUACAAGACAGGCAUUAGUGACUACCAGGAGAGCAUAGCUCGCCUGGCGUACGAGUUGAUCCGAGAUGACCGUAUACCGCGGUACCACGCGCACAAUGGUUGCCGUCCGCGCUGGGGUCUACCACCGGAAGGCGAGCGGCAACCUGAGCUUGACGGGGCGCCAUACGACGGGGAGAGGCUGUAUUAAUAUUUAUAGCAGAGUUUUUUGUUGCUUCAUAUUGUAUUUUUAAGGCUAGCAACACAUUGAACGAUUUGUCGUGUUGGAGCACCAGCAUAUAUAAGUUAUUAUUGAUAGGUUUGGGUAAUAUCAGCACCGUUAUCAGCUCCGAUAUCUAUAUAUAGAGUUCCUUUAGGCAUUAAUGCCGGGAGAAGGAUCAUACAUCAUCCAUUCCGAUAUCGCCCAUACCGGUAGAUUAUCUGGGGGCCUACCAUGAAGUAUUUUCCGAAAUUUCGGGCACGAACGAAACAGAAAUUUGAUGUUAAUAUUACAUAAAACAUGCCGUUCAAAAUUAUUAAAAAUGUUAAAAUAUCGUUCCUUUGAACUAUUAGAAUAGGAUUUAUGAUGAACGAAAUGUUAAGCUCUAUUUACUGGGUCGAUUUUUAUACGAACAAAAACACGAUAUUGAGCCCGAAAUUUCGGAAUUUCAUUUCAUGGUAGACCACCUGUAUUUAUUUCGAUCGAAUGCUAUAUUUAGAUAUUACAUAUUUAUUGUAUUAUCUUAUCAGCCUUUAACUGUCCAUUGCUAAACAUAACUCUCACUUGAAGAGGUUCUGCCAGUAGUUGCCACGCUUGGCAGGCGGAUUGGUAACUGCAGUUAGACUUUGGAGAUGUUUUAAUAGGGACGCUGCCUAUCCCUCGCUCUCCCUUAGUCGCCUCUUACGACACUUACGGCAAGGAAGGGCUGGGUUAUUCUAUACCGGACUAUGCGGCAAAUAUA